AUGAUGUCCUACAUAAAGCAACCUCACUACGCAGUGAACGGGUUAACGCUCUCCGGGCCGGGAAUGGAUCUCCUCCACUCAGCCGUUGGCUACCCAGCCACCCCUCGUAAGCAACGCCGGGAACGCACCACCUUCACCCGCACACAACUGGACAUCCUAGAAGCACUCUUCACCAAGACCCGCUACCCAGACAUCUUCAUGAGAGAGGAGGUGGCCCUCAAAAUCAACCUGCCUGAGUCCAGAGUUCAGGUGUGGUUCAAGAACCGCAGGGCAAAGUGUCGUCAGCAGCAGCAGCAAUCCAGUGGCCAGCCCAAGCCCCGCCCACCCAAGAAGAAGUCCUCCCCUCCCCAGGAGCUGACCUCCGACCCCGGCGCCAACGCCCAGGUGGCCCCGCCGCCCGUGCCCGCCGUCGUGCCCAGCGUGAACGCGGGCGCGGCGGCGGUGUCCGUGUGGAGCCCCACCUCGCUGUCCCCGCUGUCCGACCCGCUGUGCAGCUCCACCACGCCGUGCAUGCAGCGGCCGGCGCCCUACCCCAUGAGCUACGGCCAGCCCACCGCCUACGGCCAGGGCUACGGCUCCUCGCCGUACUUCAGCGGCCUCGACUGCAGCCCCUACCUGUCCCCCAUGACCUCCCAGCUGUCCAGCGGCGGCGGCGGCGCGCUCAGCCCCCUCACCGUGCCCUCCAUGAGCGGCUCGCUCAGCCAGUCGCCGUCGCUCUCCUCCCAGGGCUACGGCGCCUCCUCGCUGGGCUUCAGCUCCGUCGACUGCCUGGACUACAAGGACCAGCAGGCCUGGAAACUCAACUUCAGCACCGUGGACUGCCUGGACCACAAGUUUCAGGUGCUGUAG